CUUUCCCUCUCCUUUACUACAGCACAAAAGUUGUUUGAAAUCAUAGAGAAACAUCUACCACAAGGCCCUCACUGGAACAGCACCUCAAUCACACUCCCAGAUGCACCAGAUGAGCCCCAGGAGUUCUAUCAUCAGGAUAUCCUUGAAUGCACAAAAUUCCUGUUUGGUGAUCCCAGCUUUAGUGGGGACAUGCUUUACUCAGCAGCAGAGUAUUUUGAGGGUGCGAAGGAAGGGUAUAUAGAUGACUGUGAAGGGCUCAAUAGAAUUUACUGUGAAAUGAACUCUGGUGACCUAUGGGUCAAGGAGGAGAGGAAGCUCCCCAAACAUGCAACCCUCCACACCAUCAUCCUUGCAUCUGAUAAGACCCACCUCACCAACUAUUCUGGAGACAAAUCCAUGCAUGUGGUUCUUAUGACCCUGGGCAACAUCCGUAAAUCUGUCAGGCGGAAAAUUAAACAGAAUGCAUACAUCCUUCUUGCAGAGAUCCCAUCACCCAAGUUUGAGUGCACCCACUUCUCAACAGUUACAGAGGAGCGUGAUAUGCCUGGGAUCCUGCGGAGGCAGCUGUUUCACUCCUGUAUGUCUAUUAUUUUGGAGCCCCUGCGUCAAUAUGGCCAACCUGCCCUACUGUACCGUGCACUUGAUCCAGAUGGCUAUACACAGAAGUGUGCUGCUAUACUGGCUGGUUGGAUUGCUGAUAUGGAUGAAUUGUGGACCAUUCUGGGCCUCAGUCCUGGUGCCUGUGCCAAAUGCCUUACCACCCAUGCAAAUUUAGACAGCCCAUGUGAGCAGAAUGCUCGCACUUCUCAGUGG